AGGCGCCGUGCGCGCAGGAGGCCGCGAGUCCGCAACCUGCAAUAACCUGGCGUUUCCCAAAGUUCGACUUCCCGGCCUUCACUACGGGCCGCCCCCGGGGAGGUGGCGCCAGCCGGGACGGCCAGGUCCGCAGGAGUAGCGCAGCCGGGACUCGGCUCGGAGUUACGGAGGCUCAGUUGCGAAGCCGGGCGGCAGCAAGACCGCUUCUCCCGAGCCGCCUAGCUGGAGUUGGAAAUGGAACUCCGUGGGGCCGGGGCUCCGGCUGCCGGACAGCGGCUCCUCCAGGCCGAUGCCCCGGCAGGGAAUGAGCCGGAGGCGGUGGCGGGCUGCGGGCGGCGCGGCGGGGCUGGGAAUCGGCUGCGCAGUUUCAUCACCGUGAUCCUGUGUGCAUCCUUUCUGGGGCUGGGAUUGAGUGUCGCUAUACUGGGACCCACGUUUCAAGAUUUGGCAACAAAUGUGAACCGCAAUAUCAGCAGUCUUUCUCUGAUUUUCGUGGGCCGUUCCUUUGGAUAUUUGAGUGGCUCUGUGAUUGGUGGAGUUCUUUUUGACUAUAUGAACCAUUUUCUACUUUUGGGGGUGUCAUUGUUGGCUACCACGAUUGGUCUUCAUCUUGUUCCAUUUUGUAAGACAGCAGUGUUAUUAACUGUCAUGAUGGCUGUCUUUGGUGUUUCAAUUGGCAUUAUGGACACAGGUGGUAACGUCUUAAUCUUGGCUCUUUGGGGGGACAAAGGAGCCCCACAUAUGCAGGCCUUACACUUCAGUUUUGCCUUGGGCGCCUUUUUGGCUCCACUGCUGGCUAAAUUGGCAUUGGGCACAGCGGUGUCUGCUGAAAACCACACAGAGGCUGAAUUGAACCAUUCUGCCCUCAACCAGUCAUCUGAAGCUGACUCAGAAUCUCUAUUUGGAGUCCCUGACAAUAUGAAUUUACUGUGGGCCUAUGCUGUUAUCGGUAUUUAUAUGUUUGUAGUUUCUAUCUUUCUUUUGGCUCUGUUCUUAAAGAAAGGCUCAAGGCGGGAAAAAGCAAAAUCAUCUGCUCGGAGGUCUCGAAGAGCUAAAUAUCACAAUGCCCUUCUUUGUCUCCUUUUUCUGUUCUUUUUUUUUUAUGUUGGAGCUGAGGUAACAUACGGCUCUUACAUUUUCUCAUUUGCAAUCACCCAUGCCGGCAUGACCGAAAGUGAAGCGGCUGGGUUGAACUCCAUCUUCUGGGGGACCUUUGCAGCCGUCAGAGGCCUGGCAAUCUUUUUUGCUACAUGUUUACAACCUGGAACCAUGAUUGUGUUGAGCAACAUUGCCAGCGUGGCGUCAUCUUUACUUCUGGUGCUUUUCAAUAAGAGCCCAACUUGUCUGUGGGCAGCAACGUCAGUGUACGGGGCCUCCAUGGCAACCACGUUUCCCAGUGGCAUUUCUUGGAUUGAGCAGUACACGACCAUCCAUGGGAAAGCUGCAGCAUUUUUUGUAGUCGGUGCUGCCCUGGGAGAAAUGGCUAUUCCUGCAGUCGUUGGAAUUCUUCAAGGAAAAUAUCCUGACUUACCUGUGGUUUUGUACACCUCUUUGGGGGCAGCAGUAGCCACUGCUGUUUUAUUUCCUGUGAUGUAUAAAUUAGCCACCUCACCUCUUGGUCAUCAGCAAAAAGAACACAGAAAAAGUGAAGACCAGAAAGCUUUGCUCUCUGGCUCUGGGCUAAAUGACUAUGAGGAGAAUGAAGAAGAAGAUGCAGAAAAAUGGAAUGAAAUGGAUUUUGAAGUGAUUGAAAUGAAUGAUACAAUGAGGAAUUCUGUAAUAGAGAUAUCUAGAAAUAUUUUGAUGGAGCUCACAGCAGAAGUCUCCAACCAAUUCCACUCAAAUACGUUACUGUUUGAGUCCUCUCCAGUUAAUACUGGCAAGCCCCCUGUGAAUCACUUGCAAGAAACCAGGACAAAAGGGACUAACAAGAGAAGGUGGAUUAUUCACUGACCUCCUUGAAAUAAUCGCCAGUUCUAAAGAGGCCAGUCAGGAGAGCAUUAGCAGAUUUUCAGCAUGCUUUGGAGAUCAAAAUUUCUAGGUCAGAGAAUAGCAAAUGCUAAAGAGUUUUGAAACGUUCUGUAAUUCCCAGAGUCUUUCAUAAAGAACCAGCAGUCUCAUACAGCAGGAUCUGGUUGUCAUGCUCGUGUUUGGCACGUGGCAGAUUAGGUAACAAUUUACGGUCUCCCCGUGUCAGCAUGCAAAGAAGGCGUUUGUUCUUGAGAAGUUGGGUACUGUCUUAAUAGAAUGAAACCAUCUAGUUGACUCCAUUAGCUGAACAAUGAUCAGUCAUCAGUAUUCUACCAGGGAAGUUGAUGAGAGUCAUUUCAUAAAAGAACAUUUUUGAAAAUAGAUACAUUUUUAUAAAUUGCUUUACCCUGUCUAUGGCAUUGGUCCAAAGGAUGUUAAUGUCUCAUUUGUUUUCGGAUUUCUGUGAAGAGGGCACAGAACAGGGCCCUAGAGACCUGGCUCAUGCCUCGACUGACGCUUGCUAGCCCCCUGGCCCUGCACUCAGUCACUGAAUUUAG